GCUGCGGUAGCGUCUGGUGUCUGAGCCACGGUUUGCGAGUGGACUGUACCCGGGCCUGGAACCUCCUUCUGACCGUGUCCGUGUGCGGUUGGACGGCGUCGGGCGCGAUGACUCUGAAUGGCGGCGGCAGCGGAGCGGGCGGGAGCCGCGGCGGGGGCCGGGAGCGCGAGCGCCGUCGGGGCAGCACACCCUGGGGCCCGGCGCCCCCGAUGCACCGCCGAAGCAUGCCUGUGGACGAGCGCGACCUGCAGGCGGCGCUGGCUCCGGGCGCUCUGGCAGCGGCCGCGGCCGGGACCGGGGCCCAGGGUGCGACGCUCCACUGGCCCGAGGGCUCCUCCGAGUCGCUCAGCUCGGCGGGCAGCGACUCAGACGAGAGUGUUUACAAGGUGCUGCUGCUGGGGGCGCCUGGCGUGGGCAAGAGCGCUCUGGCGCGAAUCUUCGGUGGUGUAGAGGAUGGGCCUGAAGCAGAGGUCGCAGGGCACACAUAUGAUCGGUCCAUCAUGGUGGAUGGAGAAGAGGCAUCACUCAUGGUCUAUGACAUUUGGGAACAGGAUAGCAGCCGCUGGCUACCUGGUCACUGCAUGGCUAUGGGGGAUGCAUACGUCAUCGUGUACUCCGUGACGGAUAAGGGAAGUUUCGAGAAAGCCUCAGAGCUGCGGGUCCAGCUGCGGCGGGCACGGCAGAUGGACGACGUGCCCAUUAUCCUAGUGGGCAACAAGAGCGACCUGGUGCGCUCUCGAGAGGUCUCGUUGGAUGAGGGCCGGGCCUGUGCUGUGGUCUUCGACUGCAAGUUUAUUGAGACGUCAGCGGCGCUGCACCACAAUGUCCAGGCCUUGUUCGAGGGUGUUGUGCGCCAGAUACGCCUGCGCAGGGACAGCAAAGAGGCCAAUGCACGUCGACAAGCGGGUACCCGGCGGCGAGAGAGUCUUGGCAAGAAGGCAAAGCGUUUCUUGGGCCGCAUCGUAGCACGCAACAGCCGCAAGAUGGCCUUUCGUGCCAAGUCCAAGUCCUGCCAUGAUCUCUCAGUACUCUAGACUCCACAGGCACAUGCUGAGUUGUGCAUACAAAUGGGCAGAUUGGUGGGCUGGCCCAGCCAACUGCCCUAGGUGCCUCAGGGCUGACUCAGACUCUCGGCAUACCCCACCUCAUGGUCGUGGACAGACAGAUGGUGCUGCCCAGGCAGCUCCCAGUGACAAUCAAGGACUGGGCCCACAGCGAUGCCGUGUACAGGCCAGUGUGUGUGUCCCAAGCAGCAGCCUACGCCCAGCCCGUGGGGCAGGCCCAUGUGUGGGGACGGGACUCUAGCUUUCUCCACACUUGGGGUGUGCAUGCUCUGGAGGGAGGCUGUUCAGUGCAGUGGUUAUUUGUUUACAUGCAAAUUUUUGUAAUAAAGACUAUUUC